UAUCAGCAAAAGCUGUAAUUAAAAUCAUCAACGUUUUCCGGUCAACCGUAAAAUUUUUCGUAUAAAAACCGAAUUCAAACCUCCACAAAUCAUCAGUUCAAGUUUUGACAUCAAGAUGAAGUCAAUAGUGAUCUUAACCGUUAUCGCAGUUUUGCUGCCAGCAUUGCAAUCGCGAUCCUUGGUACGACCAUCUCCAAUUAGACCUAGAGUAAAACCAGUUCCAAUUCCUGAAGUCGAAAGUCCAGAAAUUGAAAUUAAUCCAGUACCCAUUAUACCAGGUGUAAAACCCGUCCCACUUCCAGAAGCAGAAACACCAGAAAUCGAAGUUAAUCCUGUACCUAUUGUACCAGGAGUCAAACCUGUCCCACUUCCAGAAGUAGAGACUCCCGAAAUUGAAGUCAAUCCUGUACCUAUUGUACCAGGAGUCAAACCUGUGCCACUUCCAGAAGUAGAGACUCCAGAAAUGGAAGUAAACCCUGUGCCAAUUGUACCCGGAGUAAAACCCGUACCACUUCCUGAAGUCGAAACCCCAGAAUUAGAAGUCGUCCCUGUACCAAUUGUUCCUGGGGUAAAACCUGUACCACUCCCUGACGUUGAUACUCCAGAAAUGGAAAUCAAACCAGUACCAGUUGUACCAGGCGUAAAACCCCUUCCCACUCCAAUUAAACCGGGAGUUAAACCUCUUCCAUUGCCAGUUCAACCAGGAAUUAAACCAGUACCAAUUCCAAUCGAAGUUGACCCAGUACCAAUUGUACCAGGAGUAAAACCCGUACCACUCCCAGAAGUUCAAACCCCAGAAUUAGAAGUAAAUCCUGUACCAAUCGUUCCUGGAGUAAAACCUGUACCACUUCCAGAAAUCGAAACACCAGAAACUGAAGUGCCUGUUGUACCAGGAAUCAACCCCUUGCCGUCUAUUCCGGAAUGUGGCAAAUAUUUGGCUGACUUGAUUGCGAAAUUGAUGAGAUAUUAAGUAGUUGUUUAAAUUUUUAACAAUUAAAAAAAAUGUAAACUUUAAAGUACUUCAUAAAAUUUAGUCGAACA